AUGAACAGAAUAGAGUCUGUAUAUAUAAAUGAUGAUAGUAAUGAUAUAUCAAGAUGGAAUGUAAUAUAUCCUAAUUAUUUAAAUAAAAAAAAAAAAAUAAAAGAAGGCAGAAAAAUAAAUAUAAAUUUUUGUGUGCCAGAUCCAUCUGUUCAUGAAAUAUCAUUAGCAUGCAAAGAAUUAAAUAUUCCAUGUGUUAUAGAACAAAAUAAAUGUUACCCUAGAGAUUGGCUAGUAGAAGGAAGAGUACGAAUUAAAAUACCUAUUAUAGAAAAUGGAAAGACAAAUAAAUUUGCUGUGAUGAGACAAAUUGGUUCUAAAUUACAAACAAUAAAAACAAAUGUAGAUUAUAAUACUUCUAUUAAUCAAAAUAACUUAACAAAAAAGAAAAAAGAAAAAGACAAAAAAAAAAAAAAAAAAACAUAA